UGGACUGCUGUACAGCCUGCAACACAGACAGACUGUAUAUCACUGUGUGUGUAAGCAUGCACAACAGACGCUGUGUGUAGGAGAACGGUUGUGAGUUUGUAGGCUGCCCAUGUCCUCUGGAAUUGGAUGCAGUGAGCAAUAAUCCUCUUGAGAUAAAACGGAUACAGACAAGUGAGCAGGGGACGGAAGAGGGAGCACUUUUGCUCUUCACACUUGGCCUGCUUUCACAGGCAGGUGCAUGCCCAGCAAUCUACUGUAGUACUGUUAUCAAUGCACUUGCCAGGAGUAUCUUGAUAAAUGCUACGGACUGCAGCAGGACAUUUUAUUGCUGUAAUUUGGAUGAGGAAGAGAAUUGUGUCUUUAUCAGAGGUAGAGAAGUGAGGGGCGGUUUGAGGCCACUUUUGGAAAAACAGAGAAGGUGGAUUCUCUGUGGUGAAGAUGAGUCUCGACCCGGUGCAGGUGAUGAGCGGACAUGCCAAGGAACUCAAAGUUGUCCCUUCAUCCAAUGGGGACAGCAAAGGAUCAUGGGAAGAGAAAGAGGAGUUUGAUCAAGACAACUUGGGCCUCACCACCAAGCCAAUACCAGUGACAGGGAGACGAGCCCGGAAGGUGGAGGGAGGUGUUUUCUUCCCAAAACCAGAGAAUGCGGUGACCAUCGCUGUUUCUACUCGGGUUUUGUUUCGGACCGAUCGGGAGCAGAAGGUGUUUGAGCAGAAAGGAGUCGAGGAGUAUCUGAGAUACCAGAUCGAGCAUGAGAACGAACCCUUUGCCCCAGGGCCCGCAUUCCCCCUUGUCAAGGCUCUGGAGGCGGUGAACGCUCGUCUGCGGGAGCUGUACCCACAAAGUGAAGAACUGUUUGACAUUGUUUUGGUGACGUACAAUCAUGCACAUGUAGGAAUCCGGCUCAUCAACACCAUCAACCAUCACA